CGACAGCUUUAGAGGAGGGACGGGCGACCGGGGUGGUGGGAGAGGCCGAGGCCGCGGAAGAGGCAGAGGAGGAGUUCUUUCAGUCCGAGGACAGAAUGCUGUCAGCUUCCAGUACUCUUCCUCGACGAGGGUGCUCGCGGACGACGAGGAAGUGCACGUCGAGUAUCGCCAUGGAGGUGUGCGCCACGCUCAGGAUGAAGAAGAUGACGACGACGAGGAUGAUGAUGAUGACGACGUGAUCAUCGAGCCCCAUAAGAAGUAUCGGCACCAAGUCAAGCCUCACCUCGAUAAUGGCCAGCUGCCCACGCCUCCCGAUGACGAAGAUGCCCUCGCACGCCUCGUCCGUCUCCCCCCGUCAGUGCCAGACUCGACGGCGCGGUCCACGUCGAAUUUGAUGGCUAUGCAGCGUGCACAGCGUGCAGCAGAGGGCCACGUCGCCGGUCUCAUCCCCACCGGCCCUCGCAGCGCCCACAUUCACCGCGCGUUUGACACUCGUGCAGCUAUCAAGGAACCAUUGCCGGCGUCAUCGCCUUCUGCUGUUGCCUCUCGCACGCCAAAGUGGGUCCGGCCCGCAGAGCAGACGGACAAGGAUCCUUGCCUUGCAGGCAUCCCCAACCGCAACAACGGCGCCAGCAAGUGGCGGUCUGGCGAUCCAGCCGCGCGGCUCCACCGGCCGCUGCAGACGGCCGUUGCAUUCGUCAAGGCAUCUGGCGAGUGGAAGGACGGGGCGUGGGUGACGAAAGACGGGGAAAGAAAGGAGGAAGCCCAAGAGGCGGCGACGAUAGACGUCUUUAAUCGGCCCUCGGGCGCUGGUCUCGGGUUUGUCCAGCAGCAGCAACAGGGCGGAAAGGAGCAACAUCACACCACGCCAGCGCAACUUGGAGGAGAGCCUGACGCUGCAGGACAAGAGGAGGUGGACCCACUCGAAGCGCUCCUCAAGGCCUACCCCGGCUCGGAGCAGGUCGCGUCCAACGCCGACGUGGACCCGUGGCUGCAGGGCUACUAUGCCGGACACGACGACAUCAACCGAAUGGCGAUGGAGGAGGAGCAACGCCAGUCUGCUGCUGGUGCUAGACCAGGCUUGCGACAUGCGAGCUCAGAGGACAGCGACGAGGAGAUUCUCAUCCCGCGGACGGCGACAACAGCAAAUGGAAAGGUGCAGACGACCGAGUCCGAUUCUGAAGAGGAGAGGCAGCUCGACGAGAUUCUGCGUCAGGAGGCCGAAGUCAGAGCCACUGCUGCCGCUGCCGCCGAGGACACUGUGACAGAGAUUCCGGACGAGAGUGCAGGCCAUGGUGCAUCUCGGGAAGAAGGCGGGGCAAAGCAGGAGGAAGAGGCUGCCUUCUUUGUCGAUCUGACAGGCGACGACCAUGCCAUUCUUGCAAGUGAAUCAACUGCACAGACGACGACGGCACGCGAUGGCGACGACGUCGUCAUGUACGAGACGCACAGGCAGAUCAUUGGCGAAGACGUUGUGCAGCCCAAGCACGAUGAGGCAGACGACGCAUUCGAGGACGAAGACGAAGAAGGACUGGUGGCACAAGCACCACCGAGGCAAAGCAAGCAAAGGAUCAAGAGGGCAGCAUCCAGCUCCAAGCGAAACAGUAAGGCAAGGCGAGGUGCGUCUGGUAAGAUCAGUCUCGGUGCCCCCGAAAAGAGGGUCCCGCGCGAGGAUGACUCGGACAUUGAAUGGGGCCCAGACGGUCCGCCUCGCAUGGACGAGGAUCCAGAAGACCUUGACGUGGGCCAGCUCACCCUGGGUGAGAGGGCCAAUGGGUCGAAGCCCAAAUUGAGCGCGCGGGAUGCCAUCUUGCAAGACUACAUGGAGAACGCCAUGAACCGCCUCGAUAGCGAUGAAGAAGAGAGCGAGCGGAGGGAUGACUCCAAGGUCAACGAGCCGAGCGACAUGGAUGCAAUGCUGAACUUCAUGCGGGGCAUGGAUGGAAACGACAAGGGCAGGCACAUUACCAUUGACGACAUCGAGAUCGAGAAUAGAAUGCAGGAGGAAGAGGAGUGGAUGACGGAGAGCGACGAGGACGGCGACGGAGAGGGAAAGGAAGGUAAAGGUGCGCCACUCGAAGUCGACGAUGACGACGAUGAUAGCAGCGAAGACAGCAGCGACGAAGACGAGGAGGAAGAGGAGGAAUUCUCCCGGGAAGAGCGAAAACUGCUGAAUGAGGAAGACGACGACUCUUCGAAGAGCUUGGACUCGGACGAGGAAGAGGGCGAGGUAUUUGAUCGCAACUUUUCUUGGGCCGAUGACGACGAAGCCUUUAUUCGCAAGAUUGAGAAAUUCGCCCAGGACAACGAUGAAAUCUUGCACGGCCGCAACCGCAAGGAGAGAAAGCGUUUGCUCAAGAUCAUGGAGCAGGGCGACUUUGGCGAUGAAGACAUGGUCCUCGAUGAGGAUGACCUCUUGGGCACUCAACCCGCCGCCAAGGGUAAAGGCAAGGCCAAGACGUGGAAGGACGACGACCCUUGGGCUGCUGAGCUGCAGAGCCAAUGGGAGAAGGACAGGAGCAAGAAGGCGGCCAACAAGAAGAAGCGACAGGCAGAGAGGCAGGCCGCUGCUCAGGACCCCUUCCACGCUACCCAUGGUCUGGUCGUGUCCGGCGGUGGAAUGGGCGGCAAGAAGGGCCGGGGCAAGAAGGCGGCCAAGAAGGCAGCGAGGCAAGAAGCACGGGCUGCGCGAAACGCUCGUGUCGGCGAUGACGAUGACGACGAUGAAGAUGACGACGACGACGAAGACGGUCACGGAUGGGGAGGGCCAGUGCGAGAGGUCUUGUCGCGCCAUGCGACCAAUCUCGUCGAGCUCGAUGUGCAGAUUCGACAGUUCCUGGCGGAAGAGGGCAAGACGACGCUCUCGCUUGCACCCAUGGAUAAGCGCGCUCGUGCUCAGGUGCACGAGCUGGCGUCGGCCUACAAGCUCACAUCCAAGUCGAUUGGCUCGGGCAAGAAUCGGUUCCCGACACUCAUCAAGAACAGCAAGAGCGCAUACGGCGACAUCAACGAGCGCAAGAUCCGCAGGAUCUUAUCCGGUGCCGGAGGCAGCUUUGGUGCCAUCCGCAAGGGAGGACGGAAGGGCGCCAGCAGCCGCGAGACCGAUGCCGGGUGGGCGAGGGCAAAGACGCUUGCUGCAUCAAAGGUCUCGAUGCCUCGCAACCAGGAAGGUGCCGAUGUCGGCUUCGGAGCCGAGAGGAUCGGCGAGGACAACGUGGGUCAUCGAUUGCUCUCGAUGAUGGGCUGGACGGAAGGCAGCGGUGUGGGCGCCAACAAGGGCAUGAGCGACCCCGUCGGCGCAAAGAUCAAAGUCUCAAAGGGCGGUUUGGGCUUUUGAUCUGUAUUUCUCACAGUAUCUUAUUAGACGCACACAUAUAAUGAUAGAGACCUUCUGAAAGC